CCCAACAAGUAUAAGCAAUCCUAAUAAAUAGUAAAUUACUAAUUGAUUAUGAUAGUGUAUCUUCUUUUUUGAUAUUAACAUAUCAAUAUUUGGUAUAUAAGAUUCUCAUCUAAUUUGAUUUUCUAUUAAAAAUAGAACUUAUCUACCAUUGACCAAAAAUAAGAAAGCUAAUUUGCUAAAAUUAUUUCAUCUCCUAAAACUUUCACCUAAUCUUAGGAAAUACAGUUAAGAUUGUUAGAUUCAAUAAUUAAAAAAAAAACACUUUUGCCUUUUCUUUACAAACAGGUUAUAUUUUGGUAGACUGAAAAUCGUAUAAGGUCUAAAAUGUAGUCUUUAUCGAGCCCAAAGACUGUGAGUUGCACUUUAUAUGUGUUAAAAGGCCAACACUGUUUCAAAAGCCCAGUUUGCUGUGCUAUAAUUAUCUUCAGUCAUUGGCCCAUCAAGAAGCUGCUUAUAUGUUGACUUGCUUCAACUAUGGUGGUAAACUCUACUAACCUGAGCUAAACAAAUCCAGUAAUGCAAUACGUAUCAGUUUGAUUUUCAUAAAACUUUGCGUACAACCUAAGAAUUACCUACAUAAAAAUCCAACGUCUGUUCCCCAUUUUUAAAUAAGAUUUUUAUUUAUGGUUAAGAAAUUGAAAGGUAUGUUAGGUAAGAGAUGUUCCCUAACAUUUAAACAUAAACAAUAAGAAUUUGUACUCCAAGUCCAACAUGUACAUAAUGUACUUUGAAAUGUAAUUUUAUCUGAUUAUUAACAUUUUGUUCAAAAAACAUCUAUUGUACUCCAGAAUGUACUUUAUUUAUAAAAAAAUAUUUGCAAAAUCAAAUAAGAUUAAAUUAUAGUAUACAAAGAACGAAAGUACAGUACUUGAAAUGAACAGACACCUGCGUAGUAGUACGAUCCUUGUGGAUUAUAUAUGUAUUCAAAAUCAAACUCUAUCAUGGCCACAACUGAAUUAAAAUGUAAAUAUUAAACCGAAAAUCGUCGAACCGGACCAGCGGGGGAAAAUCAAGUACCGGUUUUCGGGAUUGAAGUUUUCAAGAGGCUAAAAAUUUUAAGUCCAAAGACCACACUUUUCUCCUCACUCUUCUGCUACAGACUCGUUCUCUCUCUAUAUAUAAUCUGCUAAAAAUAGAUGACGAUCAUUGUCCGAAAAAUCUUGUCUCCUACUCUCUCUCCGCUCUGUUGUGACUACUAUAUAUCAUUACGAGCACAGAAGCCUCUGAGAUUGAUAUUCUUCCAAAAAUGGCGUUUAUGAGACUUGGCUCCAAAUCCGAAGCUUUCCAUCGCGAAGGCCAAACCUGGCUUUGCACUACUGGACUCGUGAGUGAUGUUACCAUUGAAGUUGGAGACAUGAAGUUUCACCUUCACAAGUUCCCAUUGCUCUCUAGAAGUGGGCUUCUCGAGAGACUAAUCGAAGAGUCAUCAAACGACGACGGAUCAGCAUGUGUCUUAACUCUAGACGAGAUACCAGGAGGCGGCAAAACGUUCGAGCUCAUUACAAAAUUCUGCUACGGCGUCAAAAUCGAGCUCACCGCACUCAACGUCGUCGCCCUCAGAUGCGCAGCCGAGUAUCUCGACAUGACCGAUAGCUACGGAGAAAGGAACCUCGUCGGUACGACAGAAACUUUCCUCAACGAAGUCUUUGGCAACUGGACCGACUCCAUCAAGGCUCUCCAGACGUGCGAGGAAGUCACCGACCACGCCGAAGAUCUCAACAUCAUCUCCAGGUGCGUUGAUUCUUUAGCUAGCAAGGCCUGUGCUGACCCGAGCCUUUUAGGAAAGAAGAAGAAUGAAGAUGAAACGCAUCUCUGGAACGGUAUCUCAAUGCUGCAACCAAACGGUGAAGACUGGUGGUUCGACGAUGCUUCUCUCCUCAUCUUGCCUCUCUUCAAAAGACUCAUCACAGCCAUCAAAUCGCGAGGGAUGAAGCCCGAGAACAUCGCCAUGGCGGUUAUGUACUACACAAGGAAACAUAUCCCUCUGAUGAACAGAGAUGACGAGCAAGCGACGAGUCCUUCAGAAGCCGAACAGAAGACCACUCUCGAAGAGAUAGUCGAGUUGCUUCCUAGCAAGAAAGGCGUAAACCCGACAAAGUUUCUCCUCAGGCUGCUCCAGACCGCAAUGGUGCUUCACGCAAGCCAAUCCUCGAGAGAAGAUCUCGAGACGAGGAUCGGUAACCAGCUCGACCAAGCUGCUCUAGUGGAUCUUCUCAUACCGAACAUGGGAUACUCUGAAACGCUUUACGACGUGGAAUGCGUUUUGAGAAUGAUCGAACAGUUUGUCUCUUCGACAGAACAAGCAGGCAUUGUCCCUUCUCCUUCCAUCACUGAAGGUGAUUUGGGGAAGGAUGGAGACGAUUUGCUAACUCCUACAACGUUGGUAGCAACUCUUGUCGACGGUUAUCUCGCUGAGGUGGCACCUGACGUGAACCUAAAGCUAACAAAGUUCGAAGCUAUCGCUGCUGCGAUACCUGAUUACGCAAGACCACUUGAUGAUGGAGUUUAUCACGCAAUAGACGUCUACUUGAAGGCGCAUGCAUGGAUUACGGAUUCAGAAAGAGAGCAGAUAUGCAGACUCAUGAACUGCCAGAAGCUCUCACUUGAAGCUAGCACGCACGCGGCUCAGAACGAGAGGCUGCCUCUUCGUGUGAUAGUUCAGGUUCUGUUUUUCGAGCAGCUUAGGCUCAGGACAUCUAUAUCGGGUUGGUUCUUUGUCUCUGAGGAUCUAGACAACCCUGAGCUGCUGCAUCAAAGUGGGGGCAACGGUGGUUUGUUAAAACCAAGAGGUGAGAACGUGAGAGAAAAGGUUUGUGAGCUGGAGAAAGAGUGCAUGAACAUGAAAGAAGAGCUUCAGAAGCUGGUGAGGUCGAAGAGAAGCUGGAAGAAUUUUACGAGGAAGCUUAACUUCAAGAAGAAAUCAGAAUGCUUCAACCCUAAGGAUCAAGCUAAGCCAGAGGUUUAGCAAACAACUGGCUCAGCUAGAUCCAUCGAUCAAACUACUCUGUUUUGAAACAG